CUUUUUCAUCUGACGUUCUGAAUAUAAAUUAGCAUCAAUCAGAUCAACGAGUAUCUUCCCCAAAGUAACUAGCUCCUUUCACAGAGCAGACAUGGAUUUAUUUUUGAUUGCCGUUACAGUAACUUGCUCAUUGCUUGUUUUCUUCUUUCUUCGCAAACAAUUUUUCACAGAUAAAUCAGAGCGUAGAAUUAGAACAGUACCUGAAGCUGGCGGAGCAUGGCCUAUUAUCGGCCAUCUCCACUUCCUCCGUGGAUCGAAAACUGAUCAAUUGCCUCACAGAACCUUAAGCCGCAUGGCAGAUAAGUACGGAUCGAUUUUCGGAAUGAAGCUUGGAGUUCAUCAGGUUGUAGUUGUGAGCGAUCCCAAAUUAGCCAAAGAGUGCUUCACAACAAACGAUUUAGCCCUAGCCGGCCGGCCUAAAUCAAUGGGUUCAGAAAUCAUGGGCUACAAACACGCCAUGUUUGGACUUUGUUCUUAUGGUCCUUACUGGCGAGAAACAAGGAAGAUUGCCACUGUUGAACUUCUCUCCAAUCGGCGAAUCGAGAUGCUCAAACACAUCAGAGAAUUUGAGGUAAAAUCAGGUAUUAAAGAGAUUUAUAAUAAUUGGGCGGCGAAGAAUAAUUUAAAUGGUGUUGUGAAGAUGGAGAUGAAGGAAUGGUUUGGGGAUAUAGUUAUGAACACUAUGGGGAAAAUGUUAUUCGGAAAAGGGCGAAGGAGUAAUGAGGACGAAGGAAUAAAUAAUGCUCACAAAGCAAUUCGAAGAUUUUUCGAAUUAUUAGGAGCAUUUGUUGUGGCUGAUUUUUUACCUUAUUUAAGAUGGCUGGAUAUAGGAGGCCAUGAGAAAGCAAUGAAGAAGGUUUCUAGAGAAAUGGACUCUGUUGUUGAAGAAUGGUUAGCAGAGCACAAAACGAAGAGAGAAAUUAUAAAAUCUGGUGAAGCAGAAGAAGAUUUCAUGGAUGUCAUGCUUUCCAUUUGUGAAAACAGAGGUCUGCCUGAAUUUGAUGCCGACACUGCUAUCAAAGCCACAUGCAUGGGUGUACUAGCGGCAGGUACAGACACCACGAUCGUAACUUCAACAUGGACUUUAUCUUUGCUCCUAAACAACUAUGAAUCACUAAAAAAGGCCCAAGAUGAGCUAGAUGCUCACGUUGGCAAGAAUAGAUGGGUCCAAGAAUCGGACAUCAAGAACUUGGUUUAUCUUCAAGCUAUUGUCAAAGAAGCAUUACGUUUAUAUCCGGCUGCACCGCUCGCAGUACCACACGAGUCGAUGGAGGAUUGUACCAUCAGUGGCUAUGAUAUACCAAAAGGUACUCGCUUAUUAGUGAACAUAUGGAAGAUUCAUCACGAUCCUAAUAUAUGGCCAAAUCCUCACGAGUUUAAACCAGAGAGGUUCUUGACGACCCAUAAGGAUGUGGAUGUAAAGGGCAAUCACUUUGAGUUGAUACCAUUUGGUAGUGGAAGAAGAAUGUGCCCUGGAAUUUCUUUGACCCUUCAAGUGGUGCCCUUUGUAAUAGCAGUGUUGCUGCAGGGGUUUAACAUCAAGAGACCUUCAGAUGAACCAAUUGAUAUGAGUGAGAUCUUUGGAUUGACAGUGCUCAAAGCUUCUCCGCUUGAGGUUCUCCUUGCUCCUCGCUUGGCUCCCGUUCUUUAUGAAUGAAAUAAUGCUGGAAAAAAUUGUGGAUCAUGCCACUG